AUGAAAAUAUUCAUAUUGGUGAGUUUUAUCUUUAGAGUUACCCUAACUUCCCUCAAUUUCCAGCUCAUUUUAAUAACUCCAACUAUAUCUCAAAGAUACGCUGAUUCCUGCAUCAAACUUCUAGAUCAAAAUCAAGCCAAGGAUCUUCAAAGUCUUGCGAAUGAGACAAUUUAUCAUAACUUGUUUUAUAAAUCAGAAAUGAAUAGUUUUCUGACACUUGGAAGUGGAAUAAUCGAAGAUCGACAGGAUUUAAACGUUCAGAGUCAGACUCAGCAAGAUUGGGAUUUGAGAUCGAUGGAAAGUGUUGGAGAAGAGAAGACGGGAGAUCAGGGAAUUCAAUGGAGGCAGAUUGAUGGGGAAGAUUUUGUUGGGGAGGUUUUCGAGAAAUCUGACAGAUAUCAGUGGAUUUGUGAGUAUAGAAAGAAGCCUUAGCCUUUUUCUACCCAACCUAUCCAAUUUCCAGGCCCGGCAAACUUCUACACAUCGAUAAAAAAUGAUAGCUUCAACAUGUUUGAAGUGCGUUUUGAUAAUAAAAUGCAUCGAAUCCAUGAGACAUCCCAUCCCCUAUCUCACAAUUAUUUUGUGAAUAUUCGACUGAAUGCACAUCUUGAAGUUUAUGCUGGUUAUGGUGAUAUUGUGGUGCAUUCAGUGGAUUUGAAUGGAUUCAAUUUGACGAUUUUUGUACCAUCAAGUUAUUUUCGAAAACAUUUGAAAGCUGAAAGUAUUCCCGAUUUUCAAAUCACAAAUAAUUAUGGGCCUGGGAUUAUCAAACUUGAAAGUGUAUUUUCAUAUUCAUUUAUGCCUGAACCAUACAAACAUCGAAGAAAUAUUAUUCAUGGUGGAAAUGAUAAAGAUAUCAGAAUCGAGUUCAACUUUGUGAAUGACACAUCACAAUUCACGCUUGGAUUUAAAGAACUUUUGGAACAACCAAAAUAUCUUCCUAAAUCUGGGGAAGAAUCAACUAGAAAGCAUCAAAAGCAACAUAAUUGGAGUUAUAGUGAUAUUUUAGUGAUUUGCGGUUUGAUUUGUUUCAUUUUCUCGCUUUUCUUCUUAGUUAUGCCAUUUUUUGUGGCAAAACAGAAUGAUUUUCAUUUACUUGAUUAUUAUGAUUAUUAUCAGGAGAUUGAUGAAUUGCAAUGA